AUGGAACGUUUAGAUGUUACGAAUGGGCGUUUUGUGCUUUUUGUCUAUGGCAUCUCGACACCUUCGUUGGCGUUGUACCCAUUGGCGAAGAGACUAGUCGAUCAUCACUCUUGCCGGGUCCUUCUUAUUGACCUUUGGGGCCGUGGCUAUUCGGAUAUGCUAACCGACCUGCCGCAGGAUGCGCGGCUCUUCACGACACAAAUUCUCCUCGCGUUAGCUUCUUCUCCUGUCUCGUGGAAUGGCUUAGGAGCGCCCCCGCACGGUUUUGAUCUCAUGGGCUACUCACUUGGUGGCGGCAUCGCCGCAAACUUCGCCGCAAAUUUCCCUGGCUUGGUCCGGAGUCUAAUAUUGUUCACCCCUGCUGGCUUAAUUCGAGCCUAG